AUGGCUCGCACAUUGCAUAGUUUCCCCGCUAAAACCACGUCUGAAACCGUGCACCGUAGCGCCCUCUAUGGGCAGUUAGAGUCACCAGACUAUCCUGAGCCAUAUGGAAAUAACGUAGACAGAGUCUGGAACAUAACCGUGCCUGGAGGUUUCACAAUAGGCUUGUAUUUCAGUCUCUUCGCGCUAGAAGCUUCAUUCGACUGUGAAUAUGACUACGUCAAGGUGUCCAAUUCCAAAGACACGAUAACCUUUUGUGGCAAUGAACAGUUCUUGCAGUUUAGAACCCCAGGCGACAGACACAUAACCUCACCAGAUAACACCAUGGUUGUAGAGUUUCAUUCGGACUUCUCUAAUGAGGAACCUUUCUCUGGAUUCGUUGGACAUUACCGUGCAAUCGAUGUCAAUGAGUGUUUGGUAAACAAUGCCGGGUGUGAGCAAGUGUGUCAUAACUUCGUGUCUGGAUAUUACUGUUCAUGUCGACUGUAUUACCAGCUACAACCAGAUAAUCACCACUGCAAAGGUAACCUGGUGUUUUACAUAUAA